GUCCUAAGAGGAAAUAUGGCUGUGCUCAGAUGUCCAGUUCCUAGCUUUGUAGCUGAUUACGUAAGAGUGACAUCAUGGGAACGUGUGGAUGGAUUUCUCAUUACCCCAGGAAUAAUAAGUGGAAAAUACGGGAUGCUGGAGAACGGAGAUCUUUAUUUUCGAGACGUUACGGAAAGAGAUACUGCAUAUAGCUUUAGAUGCCAUACAGAAAAUUUAGUCACUCGAGAGAAGAAAGUUAGCAUGAAUUAUUCUAAAAUAGUCGUUACAGAACCUCACCACAAUCAACCUCCUCGCAUAAUCCGUCGUUCGAACCGUGUCGUAGUUGUUGCGGGUCAGAGGACUACACUAUCAUGCAUUGCUCAAGGUCACCCUGUCCCAACUUAUCGUUGGCAUCGAUUGGUCGGGUCACAACACUUACCAUCUGAAAUUGGACCCACUGUUCGGAAAGAAGGAGGUGUAUUGAUAUUUAACAAAGCUGUUCGGACGGAUUCUGGAAAAUAUUCUUGUCAAAUCAGCAAUAUAAUGGGAGAAGAUAGAGUGGACAUGGAGCUUUUUGUUGAAGAACCUCUUCAAGUAAGUCUAUCUCCUCAAGAACAACAAUUGGAUGUCGGCAAAACUGCUCACUUUAACUGUUCUAUUGAAGGACAUCCAAUUGGCAGCAUUACUUGGAAAAAAGACACGAAAUUUAUCAUCGGCAAUUCCCGUAUCCAAUUUCCCACCCCCACUUCACUUCAGUUGCGACAACUGAAGCGGCAAGAUUCAGGAAUGUACCAGUGCUUCGUCCAGAGGGAAUCUUUUUCGUCCCAAGCGGCUGCAAGACUCAUUAUUGGAGACCUGACUCCACAGUUUAAACUAGUGUUUCCAGAGAAGACCGUUCGUCCUGGAAGCUAUGUAUCCCUAAUGUGCAUUGCGAAUGGUAAUCCUGCCCCACAGGUAAAAUGGACAUUGGAUAAUAUAUGGACGUUAUCUACUCGACCAGGUGUUUUAGUAAGCACUUACUUAAGUAAUGGCGGUGAUGUCAUCAGCUACGUGAAUAUUACAUCGACGGAUGUUACUGAUAGUGGUGUCUAUACAUGCACAGCUUUCAAUGAGGCAGGAAGUGCAAAACAUUCCCGGAGGCUCAAUGUUUUUGGAUCUUUGUUUAUCAGACCGUUGAGCAACUUGACUGCACUGGCCGGAGGACUGUUUCGCGUCAUGUGCCCAUUUGGUGGAUAUCCAUUUGAAAGCAUUGUUUGGAAAAGAGAAGGAAGAAUAUUACCAACAAAUCAACGACAAGAAGUAUUUCAAAAUGGAACAUUACUAAUUACUGAUGUGCAGCCAGAAAUUGAUGAUGGAUUGUACAGUUGUGAAGUUAGGUCUCAGCAAGGCGUCCCUGUUUCGAGAACUUUUCGAAUAAUAGUGAGAACUGGUCCCAAAAUCGCAAGUUUUGGUUUUAGAGAGAACCUUCACGAGGGCAUGCGAACAGCAGUAACAUGCAUAGUCGUAGCUGGUGAUGGGCCCCUGACGACCAAUUGGCUCAAAAAUGGACGACCGCUUGAUGAAAUAGAACUGGACGCUAUGGUUGUGUAUGCAGACGAUGGCUUUGUGUCUACUUUGACACUUAAGAAUCUCGCUUACAAACAUAAUGGAAAUUAUACCUGUGUUGCUAAAAACGAUGUAGCGUCUGGUGCAUACAGUGCUACAUUAGUUGUAAAAGUUCCACCUCGAUGGAUUAUUGAACCCACUGACAUAUCAGCAGUAGCAGGAAGACCAGCGAAAAUUGACUGUCAAGCUGACGGCGUUCCACUGCCGCACGUCCGGUGGAAACUAUCAACCGGUGAACCACCAGAGAAGUUCAAGACAAUUGUGAGCAGUUCUCAUGUCCAUAUCUUAGUAAAUGGCUCUUUAAAUUUCCGAAGUGUUGAAGCAUCUGACGCUGGUUUUUACCUUUGCGAAGCAAAUAAUGGAGUCGGAGCAGGCCUGAGUACAGUCGUCCGACUGUCUGUCCACAGUGCUCCUCAGUUUCAUUCAAAAUAUACAACGAUGACGUCGAGAAGGGGUGAGAGAACGGUGAUGGAGUGUAAAGUGUACGGUGACAUGCCGGUAUCAUUUUCUUGGAAGAAAAAUGGUGUUCUAUUAGAUCCUUUAACUGAGACUAGGUAUGCGCAAGAACUUCCACAAGGAGGCCAGACUAGGUUAGUCAUAGAAAAAGUCGAAAAGAAAGAUUCUGCUCUGUACACGUGUACAGGAACAAAUGAUUUCGGGGAAGACAGUAAAAAUAUUCAACUGACUAUUCAAGAUACCCCAGAUGCUCCUCAAAGUACUGAAGUACAUGAUGUAUCAAGCAGAAGUGUGAGGGUCUCUUGGAGCAAACCUUUUGACGGAAACUCGCCCAUAACUCAAUACACUGUAAUGUGGCGUCAACUUGCAAGUCAGAGUGUAGGUGGCCCAUUGACUGUUCCUGGCUCUGAAACAACCGUUGUGAUACGCGGAUUAAAACCUAAAAAUCGAUAUUUCUUUCGAGUGAAAUGUGAGAAUUCUCUUGGGGAAAGCCAGUUUGGUGCUGAAGUUGCAGUUACAACCCUGGAAGAACCUCCGCGAAAAGCACCUUACGGAGUACGGGCGUUGCCUUUAUCUUCGCGGUCUCUAAAUGUGACGUGGCAAGUGUCAGGCGAAGAUGAACAUGACUCAAUCGACGGGUUUUACGUAGGAUAUAAGCAGCACAGUAAAGCAGAAACAUACAACUUUAAAGCAAUCAAUGUAUCACACUCAGUUACACACAGUUGUAUUAUACUUGGAUUAUUGCCAAUGACUGACUACAGCAUCAUUGUACAAGCUUUUAAUGGAAGAGGUCCUGGACCUCCUUCUGAACCAACAUUAGUUAGGACACUGGAAUUCGAUAGACCACGUGCUGCAGUUAUUAAAACUUACUACGCUACGUCUAAAACUAUAAAACUCUCUUGGGAUCCUCAACAUGCACCAAACGCUCCCAUUUCUGGAUAUAUUUUGCAUCACAGAAUGGAAGGAAAAGAUUGGAAUGAGGUACAUUUGACUGGAGACCGUACGACAUACACACUGCAGGAUUUACAAUGUGGCACCCCUUAUUAUUUUUUUCUAGUUGCUUUUAAUAGUGCAGGGCAUGGUAAUAGUAGUGAAACUAUUACUGCAAAAACAGAUGGAACUGCACCUAUAACGCCUGAAAAAUAUCGCCUCCUCACAGUCAACUCAACAAGUGUAUCCAUAAACUUGAACAGUUGGAAUAACGGCGGAUGCCCCAUUUCAUAUUUUAUCAUACAGUAUAAACUGAAUGGUCAGCAGGAAUGGACCCUCGUCAGUAACAAUAUUAUUCCAGAGCAGCAGAAUAUUACCAUAACAGACCUGAGUCCUGGAUCGUGGUAUACGUUGUUAAUGACAGCCAAGAAUGAUGCAGGAACAACAGAUGCCGAAUAUAGCUUUGCAAGUCUUACCCUGUCCGGAGAGCGACCACCUCAUCCGUCAGAAAUGAGUGAUGUAAACAGCUCUUUCUAUCGCCAUUUGACUAUUACUGUUCCGGUCAUUAGCUCCGCCAUUGUUCUCAUUGUCGUUUUGUGUGCUGUAUGUUUUAUCACUAGACGAAGAACAACGGAUCGGAUUCAAACGAUGCCAGAUGGAGCUGAUGAAAGUGAGGCCAUCAAACCAGAAAGCGUGCCAUUAUCUGUGACAUAUGAUAGCUCUCAAGAACCAGCUUACUAUCCCGCCCCUUAUGGAAGCACUCGCGUUCCUAACUACAGUGAGCACUGCAUCCAAAAUCCUAAUGUAAAUCAAAAGAAUAUGGGAACGUUUGGCAGUGGAAGAACUGGAUAUACCUACGAUAUACCGUAUCCACCAAGACGUCCGGAGAAAAGCGAGAGCAAAUACGAGACCCCGGCAAUUUAUUUUCCUGCAUAUCAUCACACAGGUGUUGAGCUUUUAUCACAUAGAGAAAGAGUUAUUUAUAGUGUUGCAGAUUGCAGUAGAGAAAAGAGGGAAAAAAAGAACUUAUGGAAGGAAUCAGGAGAUGAUAACUCUAGCACAGAGUCAGACACCGAAGACAUUGUAUAUGCUGUACAUUCUUCAGAUGAUAGAAUAGUGCGAGAUGAAGCAAGGGAGUCAGAAACUGAAUGUGACAGACUAUGGAAAACAUAUGAGAGUUGCCAGUAUGAAGAUACGAAGAGAUGGUCUGCUGAACAUGCAGUUCUGAGCUAGAACAUGAAAUAUAUGUUAAAAUUACGUGCCAAGAUUAUCUGUUAUGUACAUUGUCCCAUUUAAAGAUCCUUCAGAUGGAUACACAAUGUGCAUCUGAAUGAAAGUCAAUUCUAUGUUGUGCAGUUACGGAUUUUAUGGUUCUUGAAGUGUUAAGUUUGUAGAUUAAACAAAUGUGAUAUAUUUGAAACCUGUUGUGCAUCAUUUGUGUACAAGAAAUUUUAUC